AAAAUGGAUUAAGGGGGGUGGUGGACGGUUUUCCCUCAGGCAGAAUGGGUUUUAUGGACAAGACUUUGAUGCACUUGUUGAUGGUCAAAUCUGGUCUAGGAACAGCUGCUGUUAUUGUUAUGAUAGAUGCUGAUGUUAUAAAAUGUGUCGCACGACUUAUUGAGUUUUAUAAACAUGAAAGUUGUGGACAGUGUACUCCGUGUAGAGACGGGUUGAAAGUCGAGCUCCAACCAUCUAAAGUUGAUAUUAUUGAAGAAUUAAGUAGACAAUUGAGCGGGACAUACUAUUUGUGCCUUGGUGAUGCAGCUGCUUGGCCAGUUCAAGGGUUAAUACGUCAUUUUCGUCCAUAG